CUGGCCUGCGGGCUGCUGCAGCCGCGGCGGUCGCCGAGGAGCGCUCCGGAGACGCGCGGUGGUGAGCUCAAGAGGAGUUCCAAGACACAUAGAACAAUGGUUAGAUGCCCUGGUGCAAGCAACCUAUAGCUACGUAGGAACUGUGGGCUUGCUCUUUGAUGCUCCCAUGGAGACAGGAAGCCCCGGGUUGGACAUGAAGCCCCAGGCACUGCAGCGAGCGCUGGAGGAGCAGGUGCUAGCACUGCAGCAGCAGAUGGCAGAGAACCAGGCCGCCUCUUGGUGGAAGCUGAAGAACUCCCAAGAGGCCCAGAAGAGACAAGCAACCCUUGUGAGGAAGCUGCAGGCCAAGGUUUUACAGUACCGGAGCUGGUGCCAAGAGCUGGAGAAGCGGCUAGAAGCCACCGGACAGGGCCUGAUCCCUCAGCGGUGGGAAAGUGUAGAAGAGCCAAACCUGGAACAGCUGCUGAUCCGGUUGGAGGAGGAGCAGCAGAGGUGUGAGAGUCUAGUGGAGGUGAACACGGAGCUUCGGCUACACAUGGAGAAAGCCGAUGUGGUGAAUAAAGCCCUUCAGGAAGAUGUAGAAAAAUUGACAGUGGACUGGAGUCGGGCCCGGGACGAGUUAAUGAGGAAGGAGAGCCAGUGGCGGAUGGAGCAGGAGUUCUUCAAGGGCUAUUUGAGAGGUGAACAUGGUCGUCUUCUCAGUCUGUGGCGAGAGGUGGUGACCUUCCGACGUCACUUCCUGAAAAUGAAGUCAGCUACUGACAGAGAUUUGACAGAGCUAAAGGCUGAACACGCGAGGCUUUCAGGGUCCCUGCUGACCUGCUGUCUGCGCUUGACGGUGAGAGCACAGUGUCGGGAAUCCAGUGGAUCUGGGAGAACGGAUGAGAGGGAGCCAGCCCAGCUGCUGCUGCUGGUAGCUAAGACCCAGGCACUGGAGAAGGAGGCCCAUGAGAAGAGCCAGGAGUUACUACAGCUGAAGAGUCAAGGGGAUCUGGAGAAGGCAGAGCUCCAGGAUCGAGUGACAGAGCUCUCUGCUCUGCUGAGCCAGUCUCAGAAGCAAAAUGAAGAUUAUGAAAAGAUGGUAAAGGCUCUGAGAGAAACGAUGGAGAUCCUGGAGACAAAUCAUGCAGAGCUAAUAGAACACGAGGCAUCUCUCAGUAGGAAUGCGCAAGAGGAGAAGUUGUCUUUGCAGCAUGUGAUCCAGGCUAUAACCCAGGCACUGGCCUCAGUGGAAGAAGAGGACACUAUGACCCAAAGCUUGGGUCAUGAGAGCUCAUUGCAGUUGGACUGUAGUGACUUCCCCCAGUUCGAUCCCCAGGACCCAGACAAGGCUCUUACUCUGGUGCAUUCAGUGCUGACUCGGAGACAGCAGGCUGUGCAGGACCUCAGACAGCAACUCUCAGGCUGCCAGGAGGCUAUGAACUUCUUGCAGCAGCAACACGAUCAGUGGGAGGAAGAGGGCAAAUCCCUGAGAGAGAGGCUACAAAAGCUCACUGGGGAGCGGGAUGCUCUGGAGGGGCAGACCGUGGACCUUCAGGGAGAGGUAGACUCUCUCAGCAAGGAGCGAGAGCUGCUGCAGAAGGCCAGGGAAGAGCUGCAGCAGCAGCUGGAAGUGCUGGAGCAGGAAGCAUGGCGACUGCGAAGGGUGAAUAUGGAGCUGCAGCUGCAGGGGGAUUCUGCUCAGGGGGAGAAGCAAGAGCAGCAGGAGGAGCUGCACUUGGCUGUCCGUGAGAGGGAGCGCCUUCAGGAGAUGCUGGUGGGCUUAGAAGCCAAGCAGUCAGAAUCACUAAGUGAGCUGAUCAAGCUUCGAGAAGCCCUGGAGUCAAGUCGCCUGGAAGGAGAGUUACUGAGGCAAGAGCAGGUGGAAGUGACUGCAGCCUUGGCCAGGGCAGAACAGUCCAUUUCAGAUCUAUCAGGUUCUGAGAACAACCUGAAGGCAGAGGUAGCUGAUCUUCGAGCUGCAGCUGUCAAGCUUGGGGCCUUAAAUGAGGCUUUGGCUUUAGAUAAAGUUGGGCUGAACCAGCAGCUUCUCCAGCAGCUGGAGCAGGAGAACCAGUCCCUGUGCAGCAGAGUGGAGGCGGCCGAGCAGCUGAGAAGUGCUUUACAGGUGGACCUGGCAGAGGCAGAGACGAACAGGGAAGCCUUGUGGGAAAAGAAAACUUACCUGGAGGCUCAGCUGCACAGGGCAGAGCAGGCUGGGGCUGAGCUACAGGCAGAACUGAAGGGCGUCCGAGAAGAGAAGGACGAACUUAAAGAGAAAUUAAGUGAGGCACAUCACCAGCAAGAAACAGCUGCAGUUCAACUAGAGCAGCUGUGUCAGGAUGCAGAACGACAGGACGAAACACUUGCUAGAGCAGUCCAGGAGAAGGAGGCCCUCGUUCGGGAGAAGGCAGCUCUCGAGGUGCGCCUGCAGGCUGUGGAGCGGGGCCGACAGGACCUUGCCGAACAAGUUCUGGGCCUCAGGUCGGCCAAGGAACAACUGGAGAGCAAUCUGUUUGAGGCCCAGCAGAAAAAUUCUAUGAUAGAGGUCACCAAGGGGCAGCUGGAGGUCCAGAUUCAAACUAUUACCCAAGCCAAGGAAGUAAUUCAAGGGGAGGUGAAAUGCCUGAAGCUGGAACUGGAUGCUGAGAGGAGCUGGGCAGAGCAAGAGCGGGAUGCAGUUGCCAGGCAGCUAGCCCAAGCUGAACAAGAGGGGAAAGCAGCUCUGGAGCGACAGAAGGUGGCCCAUGAGGAGGAGGUGAACAGGCUCCAAGAGAAAUGGGAGAAAGAGCGCUCCUUGCUUCAGCAGAAGCUGGAUAAGACCUUGGAGACUCUAGAAAGGGAGAGGACAGAGCUGGAAAUGAAACUGAGGGAUCAACAGGCAGAAACUGAAGCUAUCCGUGCACAGAGGGAAGAGGACCGAGCUCAGGCUGACAACGCCCUGUACCACAUGCAGCUAGAAACAGAGAAGGAGAGAGUGUCCCUCCUGGAGACGCUGCUGCAGACCCAGAAGGAACUGGCAGAUGCUAGUCAACAGCUGGAAAGGCUGAGGCAAGACAUGAAGACUCAGAAGUUAAAGGAACAGGAAACCACUGGCAUGCUGCAGAGUCAGCUUCGGGGGGCACAGCAGGAGCUGAAGGAGGCAGCCCAGCAGCACAGGGACGAGCUUGAUGCCUUCCGGAAGGACAAGACAGACCUGCAGAAGCAGGUAGAGGACUUGAAGUCUCAGCUGAUAACCCAGGAUGACUCCCAGAGGAUGGUGAAACAAGAGAUUCAAGAGAAAGUGAAGGAGGCUCAAGAAUGUGGCCGGAUUCAGAAGGAACUGGAGAAAGAGAAAGCCAGCCUGGCUCUGUCACUGGUGGAAAAGGAAGAAAGAAUCCUUGUUUUACAAGAAGCUGACUCUGCUAGACAGCAGGAGUUGGGCUCCUUGCGGCAGGAUGUACAGGAGGCCCAGGAGGGGCAGAGAGAGCUCAGUCUACAGGUGGAACUGCUGAGGCAGGAGGUGAAGGAGAAGGAGGCUGACUUCGUGGCCCAGGAAGCACAGCUGCUGAGGGAGCUGGAGGCCUCACGGAUCACCGAGCAGCAGCUUAGAGCUUCCUUGUGGUCCCAGGAGGCCAAGGCAGCCCAGCUGCAGUUGCAGCUGCGCAACACUGAGAGCCAGCUAGAGUUACUGGCCGCAGAACAGCAGCCGGAGAAGCAGGCCCAGGCCCAGCUGGCUAGCCUCUACUCUGUUCUGCAGCAGGCCCUGGGGUCUGCAUGUGAGAGCCGACCUGAGCUGACAGGCGGGGGCGACUCUGCUCCCACCCGAUGGGACCCUGAGCCAGACCAGAACGGAGCUAGGAGACUCUUCAAAAGAGGGCCCCUCCUGACGGCGCUGUCAGCUGAGGCUGUAGGACUGGCUCUCCAGAAGCUUCAUCGAGACCUGUGGAAGGCCCAGCAGACCCAGGAUGACCUAAGGGACCAGAUCCAGAAGCUGGCGCAGCGCCUGGUGGACACGGAGGCCCAGAAGAGCCAGGUCCACUCGGAGCUGCAGGACCUACAGAGAGAGCUUGCACAGAGCCAAGAAGAGAAAUCCAGGUGGGAAGGGAAACAGAACUCCCUGGAGUCUGAGCUAAAGGACUUGCAUGAGACUGUGGCAUCCUUGCAGAGUCGCCUGCAGCAGGCAGAGAGGCAGAAAAUGGAAGCUCAGAGUGAUCGAGAGUUGCUUCAGGCAUCUAAGGAGAAGCUGUCGGCCCAGGUGGAACAUCUACAGUCGUGUGUUGCAGAAGCUCAGGCUCAGGCAAGUGCAGCCGGUGUCCUGGAAGAAGAUCUGCGGACGGCUCGCUCUGCACUGAAACUGAAAAACGAGGAGAUAGAGAGUGAGCGGGAGAGAGCCCAGGCUUUGCAAGAGCAGGGCGAGCUGAAGAUGGCUCAGGGGAAAGCUUUGCAGGAGAAUCUAACCCUGCUGGCCCAGACCCUGUCUAACAGAGAACGGGAGGUGGAGACAUUGCAGGCUGAGGUUCAGGAACUAGAGAAGCAGCGGGAAAUGCAGAAGGCUGCUCUGGAACUGCUCUCCCUGGACCUGAAGAAGAGGAGCCAAGAGAUAGACUUGCAACAAGAACAGAUUGAGGAGCUGGAGAAGUGCAGGUCCGUCUUAGAGCACCUGCCCAUGGCCGUCCAGGAGCGGGAGCAGAGGCUGAGUGUGCAGCGGGACCAGAUCAGAGAACUGGAGAAAGAGCGAGAGGCCCAGAGAGGUGUCUUGGAGCAUCAGCUUCUGGAGCUUGAGAAGAAGGCUCAAGUGAUUGAGUCCCAGAGGGGACAGAUUCAGGAUUUGAAAAAGCAGCUGGUGACGCUGGAAUGCGUGGCCCUGGAACUGGAGGAAAGCCAUCACAAAGUGGAGGGCCAGCAGCAGAUGAUCACGGAGCUGGAAGGCCAGAGGGAAAUGCAGAGGAUGGCCCUAACCCACCUCACACUGGACCUGGAAGAAAGGAGCCAGGAGCUGCAGGCACAAAGCAGCCAGCUCCAUGAGCUGGAGAACCACAGCACGCAGCUGGCAAGAGAGCUGCAGGAGAGGGAUCAGGAGGUGAAGUCUCAACACCAACAGAUUGAUGAGCUGCAGAAGCAGAAGGAGCAGCUGACUCAGGACCUGGAGAGGAAAGGCCAGGAGCUGAUGCUGCAGAAGGAGAGGAUUCAGGUUCUGGAAGAUCAGAGGAUGCUUCAGACCAAGAUCCUAGAGGAGGACCUGGAGCAGAUCAAGCAUUCCUUGAGAGAACGCGGCCCGGAGCUGGCCUCUCAGCGGCAGCUGGUGCACGAGCGGGCCGACGAUGGAAAGAGCCCGAGUAAAGCCCAGCGUGGGAGCCUGGAACACUUGAAGCUGAUCCUGCGUGAUAAGGAGAAGGAGGUAGAAUGCCAGCAGGAGCGUAUCCAGGAGCUGCAGGAGCACACAGACCAGCUGGAACAGCAGCUCCAGGGCCUACACAGGAAAGUGGACGAGACCAGCCUGCUCCUGACCCAUCGAGAACAGGAGGCCGCAGCCCUGCAGCAGCACCUCCAGGAAGCCAAGGAACAAGGGGAGCUGAAAGAGCAGGCGCUUCGGGGUCAGCUGGAGGAGGCCAAGAGAGCUCUGGCCCAGAGGGACCAAGAACUAGAGGCCCUUCGGCAAGAACAGCAGCUAGCCAGGGGCCAGGAGGAAAGCAUGAGGCAAAAGACAAGUGCUCUGCAGGCCGCUCUGGAGCAAGCUCAUGUGACGCUGAAGGACCAGCAGGGGGAGCUGGAAGAACACCAGGACCAGAUGCAAAGGCUCCAGGAAGAGCUGGCAGUGGAGGGCCGCCAGGUGCGGGCCCUGGAAGAGGUGUUGGGAGACCUAAGGGCUGAGUCCCUGGAGCAUGAGAAGGCAGUGCUGGCCCUUCAACAGCGGUGUGCUGAACAGGCACAGGAACAUGAGGCAGAAGCCAGGGCCCUGCAGGACAGCUGGCUGCAGGCCCAGGCCACACUCACAGAACAAGAACAAGAGCUAGCGGCUCUUCGAGCAGAAAACCAGUAUGCUCGCCAACAGGAGGAGGCUGCAUGGGGCCGGGCAGAGGCUCUGCAGGAGGCCCUCAGCAAAGCCCAGGCUGCCCUGCAGGAGAAAGAGCAGAGUCUGCUUGAGCAGGCCGAGUUGAGCUGCACUCUGGAGACCAGCACUACCACCUUGAAAGCUACGCUGGACACUUGCCAGGCACAAGCCAGGCAGCUGAAGGAGGCCCUGAGGAUUCGAGACAGUGAGAUCCAGGCCCAGGCUCUCCGACACCAGGAGCUUAUGCAACAGCUCCAGCAGGAACUUUCCCAGAAGGAAGAAGAACUGAGGCAGCAGGAGGAGCAGAGGCAGCUACUGGAGAAGGCUGUGGCCCAGAGGAGUCAAGAAAAUGAGAUUCAAAAGAAGCAAAGUCUGGAGCGAGAGAGAGAAGAGGAGAAAAGGGGCUUUCUUGAGAGCCUACGGGAGCUGCGGCUGACUGUAGCCCAAAAGGAAGAAGAGAUUUUGCUGCUGAGGGAGGCCCGGCACAGGCAGGAUCUGGAAUCCUCUUCCUCAAGCCGCAGAGGCUUCCCAGCGGAGAAGCCAUCUCCACAACCGUCCCCAGUGCAACAGGAAUUGGAGCGCUUGCAGAAUGCUCUGAGGCAGACAGAGGCCAGGGAGAUCGAAUGGAGGGAGAAGGCUCAGGACUUGGCACUGUGCCUGGCCGAGAGCAAGGCCAACAUCAGGAGUCUGGAGGAGGCCAACACGUUCCUACAAGCCUCUGUCCUCGAGCGGGAAUCAGAACAAGAAAGACUGCAGGAGGAGUUGGUACUCAGCAGACAGGCUCUGGAAGAGAAGCAGUCACAUGGCCCACACUCAACUAGCAGAGCAGACCAGGAGCCCAAAGCUGGACAGGACAUACAGCCUGGAGAGGGCUGCCCAGAUGAGCAUCAUGGGUCUCCCAUGCAGGUAGUGGAGGCUGAGCCUAGUCCUGGAGCAGAAGAGAGGGAACAAUGGAAACAAAGGAUUGAAAGUCUGCAGCAAGCAGUGGCGCAGCUGGAAGUUGAACAGAGCGCUCUGCAGCACGACAACAAACAGCUGCGGAGCGUCUUGGUUCGGGUGGAGAACCAGCGGAGGAGGCUGAAGAAGGACUUAAUGUGUGCAACCGGGUCAGGGACACUGGAGACCGAAGAAGCUAUGACUUCAUUCCUCACACAACAGGAUGGAAGAGGCCAGAAACGUUUCGCGUAUUGCGUUCAUGCGGUUGAACUUCAGAGAGAGGUGUCCCGGCUGCGAGCCCAGCUGGCCUUGGAGCAGCAGCAGAGGGAGGCCUACAUCGCCCGGUCCGUGCAGACCAACCGUGAACUCGCAAGCCUGCACCACAGCCUGUCUCACUCCCUCCUCACAGUGGCCCAGGCCCCCGAGGCCACUGUUCUGGAGGCUGAGACUCGAAAGCUGGAUGAGUCCCUGACUCAGAGUCUGACAUCCACAGGGCCAGGCCUGCCACAUCCCAGUCCAGACACUUAGAAUAACCCCAGGUAGCAGCCAUAGCCAGGGAGAGCACAGGCAAGCCAGGUGGCACACCUCAGACUGCCGGGGAGGGAGGUCAUAGCCCCCAGUUACAGGUUUGCCAAUGGCAAAGAGUUAGCUGUUACCCAACCUGGGAGGCCCAGGUCAGCUGACAGUCCCAGGAAUGGAAACGGUACCCCUCUAAGCCGGAGAGGAUCUCAGGUCACAUGGAAUGAGGCAAAUCACAUUUGCUUGCUAACCUACUAUUACCCAAGAAGUGCCUUGCCCUGACUCCGGGUACCUGCUGUCUUUCCCCCGAUGAAGCAGCCACAGUCUACACUAAGCCUGAAGACGCAGCUGGUAUCAACAGCACGCAGGUAUUCUGUCCUGGGCAGAAUCACCCUGCAUGCAUCAAAUACAGGCAGUGUCCACUGCCUAUUUGUCUUCAAUGUCUCCCUUACCCUCCCUUACCUUCCCUUUCAAUAAUAAAUACAGGUUUUUACACUA